CUAAUUUAUGCAAAGGCCCAUUUAAAUCAACCGCCAAGUCGCAAGCAUAAAGGAGCCGUUCCAGGGGUGUUUAGUUACUACUGUUGUGUUCUCUAACGUUAUCAACUCUUUAUACAACUUUACAAAUUUUACUCGUUACCUCUAUUUAACUACUUCAAGGCGAGAAUGUCUCGCUCCUUGAAUUCCUUCUCUGUCAGCGAUGACAAACCCAUGCAUCCAUCAAGUGACUUCGAUGCCCCAUCAACCUUUUUCAACGAUGCAUCACAAACCCCAGAAACCACCUUCCUAUCACCACAGUCUGAAGUGCCAGAGUCUUUCUUAAAUCUAGGGAACCAUUCAAGGCCCGGAAUUUCCCCGGUGCCAGAAACAGUUGAUGGCGAGCAAGUUCUAUUGAAUAGUAACAAUGAGGUCAUGAGAGAUGAAGUAACGACAGCCCCACUGCUUUGCCUUGAUCCGUCCACUGGUCUUCAUGUUCUCGUCCAUAACCUAUGUCAGACUAUACAGCAACCUCCAGAACCCCAGGUUGAUGUUGCACAUGAGCAGUUUGUUGUUGUGUGGGCAUUGCAGUCAGAGGAUGAGCCCAUGGUACUUGAAAAGUCUUUGGAGAAUACUGAAACAAAAACAUCCUCCCUUAGUGAGCCUGCUGGCAUUGGUACUAUUUUAAGUUCUCCCGUUAUGUCACUGGAAACUAGCGCAGUGAGAAGUGAGUCUGUAGUUCAGCGAAUAUUUUCUUCUUCAAUUGAACCUUCACUGGAUGUAGGGAUUGAGAUUCCCACAUCCAAAAACUUUGAUGACAAUCAUGGUUCAUGCAAAGACAGUUCAUCACAUAUCAAUAUGCAGGAGCCUACUACUUCUGUUGUUGAAGAAAAAAUCCAGCAGAAAAACACCUCUGUGAUUGAUUGCCCUAAUGCCUCAAUGCUGACUCUGCAAGUUGCUGAACACGGAAAAUCCAGUACUUCUACACCAGAGCUUCAACAGGAUAUCCUCUUAGAGACAGUCCCACAUAUCAGUUUGGAGGAAAUUAUUGAAAAAUUCACUUGUGAAAGUAAUCAUGCAUUACAUGUAUUAGAAAAUGAAAAAACAGAAAGUGUUAUUAGUGUAAAGAAAGAAGCACCUACUGAAACCAUAAGAAAAGAACCUUUAACCCUUCAAGAUAAUUCUGUGUCAUCACAAGGCAUGUGUAAUGUUAUGGUAGAUGAAAGGUCUAAUCUACGUUCCAAAUCUAAUGUAACUGUGAAAUUAAAGACAUCGGCAAAUGUUGUGGAGGAAUCUUUAGAUGAAGAAAGCUUUUAUGAUAUCCUGAUGACAUACAAGUGUAAAUUAUGUUCUGAAGUUUUUAUUGACAAAGCACGGCUUAUGAAGCAUUAUUGUGAAGUACAUAAGUCAAGGAAAGGGGUAAAAAUAUAUGUCACUUCAGAAAAUGUUGGCUCGCUCUCGUCUUUACGUUCGGACUCCUACAGCAGUUCACAAAAACUUAAAGACCUGAACUUAAUGUCAUGCAGGCACUGUUUCCGUACAUUUUUGGGUGUGAAAGAAUUACAGCAACACAUAUUACAUGAGCAUCCAGCUGAAGUGAGGAAAGGGACCAGAAAAAAGAAAAGUAAAGGUGUCACUAGUCUUCCUACCCAGCCUGGGUUGCUCUUUGGUCACCGAGAAUCUCGCUUAUCAGUACAGGAGGAUACUGAAGAUGAAAAAAAUGAGAAUCAGAAACGUCGCAUAAAAACUCCUAAGAAUCUAGAUGAACAAUACUGGCUUCAAAAACAGAAACCCCCAAAAAACCAGUACUACUUGCAAAGUAAUAAGGAAAAGGUCCUCAAGUGUUCAGUUGACCACUGUAGAUUUCGAUUCAGUUCUGAGGAGAAUGUGAGGAUACAUGAAAAAUGUCAUGGUGAACCUGGGGAAAGAAGUGAAGAGAAGCUGUUUUUCUGUUGUGAAUGCUCAGGAAGGUUUUUGAAGUGGGGAGUGUGCCAGAUGCAUCUGUGGAAAGUACAUAGCAUAGAUGUUGAUCUUCUUACCUGUGGAAUAUGUCUUACCUACAAAACCGAUGCUGAACAAAAGCUUAUUAUUCACCAGAAAAUUCAUUCAGAUGUUCGUGAAUAUGUUUGUAAAGUUUGUAACAAGGCUUUUCGUCAGCAUUCCCAACUCCUGAAUCAUGAGGUAUUUCACAUAUGUAAUGAAGAAGCUCUUCCUCAGUGGCAUCAAAAGGCAUACUGUACCAAAUGUGAGAAGUGGUUUUUUGAUAGCCAAACUCUCAAAAAACACAUCAAUACUAUUCACUUAAAGGUAAAACCCCACAGUUGUCCACAUUGCCCUUACAAAUGUACGAGGAAAUAUGAUAUGGGAUUACAUAUAAGGAAGCAUACACAGGAAAAACCACAUCAGUGCGAGUUGUGUGGGCAUUGGUAUCGAGAUGCAACUACUGUACGCCGUCACAAAUGGGUACACUUUCUCACUAAACCCCUCAAAUGUCCUCUCGUAACUUGUCAAUACGAAAGUUCACACAUGCUUCGUUUCAAAAAGCACAUUAAUAAAUACCAUUGGAAAGACAACUUUUUGUACAAAUGCCAGACAUGUUCAUUGGAAGUUGCAGACCUUCAGAGAUAUGUACGUCAUGUGACACUUCAUGAAGAUCAGCUGUUUAAGGAGGCAAUGGAGAAACGAGCCAACAGUGCUGCAUUACCAAGUACUUCUGUUCAACUCGAUGGUGUAGCUUUAAGAUUGCCAGUACAAUCACUUGUUACAGGGGAAGCAGAUAAUAUACAUAUUAAGAUAGAAGCUGUGGAUGAUAGAGAUCACAUGGAAAGUAUUGGUACAGAGAACAGUCAUGCAGGACAUUCAUUACCAGAUAAUAAACAGAAAGCUUUCGUCAUUGAAGCAGGUGUUGUUCAAAACAUAGAUGGUAAUAAUUCAGAAUCUUUUAAUGAUCAUUCUGGAAGACAGAAUUUGCCCGUGAAGUCACCAACCAGUCUGUGUGUGACCAUGGGCAAUACAGCUAUUAAAGCUCAGGCUGUGGACAAAGAACGUGUUCGCAGAAUAAAUCUGAUUAAGGAAGAAACUACCAGUUCAGAUUCUCUUGUUUUUGAAUCAACAGAUAAUGCCAUGGAUAUUAGCUCCCACAACUCCCAAGUUUUUACUAUCAAUGUAGAUAACAUGGAGUCAGCAGACAAUUUUUUGAAGGGAACAGAUAACUGUAACCUAGUAAGCUAUGAUCUCCAAAAGACAGCAGAGACCAGGUUUGAUGAGGUAAUAAAAGAAGACCUGUUGGAAGGCAGUCCUCAUGGAUCUUCAGUGCUCGAUGUUGUUCAAAAAGGUGGUCAUUUGGAACCAAAGAUAAUAGGAGACCGAAGACAGGAGAAUAUUGUGCUAAAUGUUAUUGAAAGCACUGAAAGAACACCCAUCCUAGGUGUUGAGGAAGAAAAUCAAACUCUUAUUACCUUGUCACAAGUGAUGUCGGAUGAUGGUCAUCAGUAUAUCAUUGGUAUUUCUCCAGAAGAAAUUGCAGAAAGCCAGGAAAAUAUUUUUUCUAUAGGACAGAAUGGCCAUUAAUGAGGAGACUCAUUUCAUCAAUCUUUGUCACAAAACCCAUUAAAAAAGUAAAGAACCUCAAAGGAA